GGGCCGGGCCGGGCGGAACAGUGGCGGCGGCGGCCGCGGGAGCCGAGCCUGCAGCGAGGGACCGGCUGAGGCGCGCGGGAGGGAAGGAGGCGAGGGCUCCGCGGCGCUGCCGCUGCCGCCGCCGCCACCGCUGCCGCCGCUCGCGGGGCAGAGAUGGCGGCGGAGCGGGGAGCCCGGCGACUCCUCAGCACCUCCUCCUUCUGGCUCUGCUGCCUGCUGCUGCUCGGGCGCCCGGCGCCCGCCGCGGCAGCCAGGAGCGGCUCCCCGCCGCAGUCCCCAGGAUCCAGCGUUCGAACAUUCACUCCAUUUUAUUUUCUGGUGGAGCCAGUGGAUACGCUCUCAGUUAGAGGCUCUUCUGUUAUAUUGAACUGUUCAGCAUAUUCUGAACCUUCUCCAAAAAUUGAAUGGAAAAAAGAUGGAACUUUUUUAAACUUAGUAUCAGAUGACCGACGCCAGCUUCUCUCAGAUGGGUCUUUAUUUAUCAGCAGCGUGGUGCAUUCCAAACACAACAAACCUGAUGAAGGUUAUUAUCAGUGUGUGGCCACUGUUGAGAGUCUUGGAACUAUUGUCAGCAGAACAGCCAAGCUCACAGUAGCAGGUCUUCCAAGAUUUGCCAGCCAACCAGAACCUUCUUCUGUUUAUGCUGGGAACAGUGCAAUUCUGAAUUGUGAAGUUAAUGUAGAUAUGGUCCCGUUUGUGAGGUGGGAACAGAACAGACAGCCUCUUCUUCUGGAUGAUAGAGUUAUCAAACUUCCAAGUGGAACACUGGUUAUCAGCAACGCUACUGAAGGCGAUGGGGGACUUUAUCGCUGCAUAGUUGAAAGCAGUGGGCCACCAAAGUACAGCGAUGAAGCUGAAUUGAAAGUUCUUCCAGAUCCUGAAUUCACUUCAAACUUGGUAUUUUUGAAACAACCUUCUUCCUUAGUCAGAGUCAUUGGUCAGAGUGCGGUGUUGCCGUGUGUUGCUUCAGGACUUCCUACUCCAACCAUUAGAUGGAUGAAAAAUGAGGAGGCGCUUGACACAGAAAGCUCUGAAAAAUUGGUGUUGCUGGCAGGUGGUAGUCUGGAGAUCAGUGAUGUUACUGAGGAUGAUGCGGGGACUUACUUUUGUAUAGCUGAUAAUGGAAAUGAGACAAUUGAAGCUCAAGCAGAGUUUACAGUACAAGCCCAACCUGAAUUCCUGAAACAGCCUACUAAUAUAUAUGCUCACGAAUCAAUGGAUAUUGUAUUUGAAUGUGAAGUGACUGGAAAACCAACUCCAACUGUGAAGUGGGUCAAGAAUGGGGAUAUGGUUAUUCCAAGUGAUUACUUUAAAAUUGUAAAGGAACAUAAUCUUCAAGUUUUGGGUCUGGUGAAAUCAGAUGAAGGGUUCUAUCAAUGCAUUGCAGAGAAUGAUGUUGGAAAUGCACAAGCUGGAGCCCAGCUGAUAAUUCUUGAACAUGCACCAGCCACAACGGGACCACUGCCUUCAGCUCCUCGGGAUGUCGUGGCCUCCCUGGUCUCUACCCGCUUCAUCAAAUUGACGUGGCGGACACCUGCCUCAGAUCCUCAUGGAGACAACCUUACCUACUCUGUCUUCUACACCAAGGAGGGGAUUGCUAGGGAACGUGUUGAGAAUACCAGUCGCCCAGGAGAAAUGCAGGUAACCAUUCAAAACCUAAUGCCAGCGACUGUGUACAUCUUUAGAGUUAUGGCUCAAAAUAAACAUGGCUCCGGAGAGAGUUCAGCUCCACUCCGAGUAGAAACACAGCCUGAGGUUCAGCUCCCUGGCCCGGCACCUAACAUCCGAGCAUAUGCAGCUUCACCUACUUCCAUCACUGUCACCUGGGAAACACCAUUGUCUGGCAAUGGGGAAAUUCAGAAUUACAAAUUGUACUACAUGGAAAAAGGGACUGAUAAAGAACAGGAUGUUGAUGUUUCAAGUCACUCCCAUACCAUUAAUGGGUUGAAAAAAUACACAGAGUAUAGUUUCCGCGUGGUGGCUUACAACAAACAUGGUCCUGGAGUCUCCACACAAGAUGUUGCUGUUCGAACGUUGUCAGAUGUUCCCAGUGCUGCUCCUCAGAAUCUGUCCUUAGAAGUAAGAAAUUCAAAGAGUAUUGUGAUUCACUGGCAGCCACCUCCUCCAGCCACACAAAAUGGUCAGAUUACUGGCUACAAGAUUCGCUACCGAAAGGCCUCCCGAAAGAGUGAUGUCACUGAGACCUUGGUAACUGGGACACAGUUGUCUCAACUGAUUGAAGGUCUUGAUCGGGGGACUGAGUACAAUUUCCGAGUGGCUGCUCUAACAGUCAAUGGCACAGGCCCGGCUACUGACUGGCUGUCUGCUGAAACUUUCGAAAGUGACUUAGAUGAAACUCGUGUUCCUGAAGUGCCUAGUUCUCUUCAUGUCCGGCCACUGGUCACUAGUAUUGUAGUAAGCUGGACUCCUCCAGAGAAUCAGAACAUUGUGGUCAGAGGUUAUGCCAUUGGUUAUGGCAUUGGCAGCCCUCAUGCCCAGACCAUCAAAGUGGACUAUAAACAGCGCUAUUACACCAUCGAAAAUCUGGAUCCCAGCUCUCACUAUGUGAUAACCCUGAAAGCCUUUAACAACGUGGGUGAGGGCAUCCCCCUGUAUGAGAGUGCUGUGACCAGACCUCACACAGACACUUCUGAAGUUGAUUUAUUUGUUAUUAAUGCUCCAUACACUCCAGUGCCAGAUCCCACUCCCAUGAUGCCACCUGUGGGAGUUCAGGCUUCCAUUCUGAGUCAUGACACCAUAAGGAUCACAUGGGCGGACAACUCACUGCCCAAACACCAGAAGAUUACAGAUUCCCGGUACUACACAGUCCGAUGGAAAACCAACAUCCCAGCAAACACCAAGUACAAGAAUGCAAAUGCAACAACUUUAAGUUACUUGGUGACUGGUUUAAAAGCAAAUACACUGUAUGAAUUCUCUGUGAUGGUGACCAAAGGUCGAAGAUCAAGCACAUGGAGUAUGACAGCCCAUGGGACCACCUUUGAAUUUGUUCCUACUUCUCCACCCAAGGAUGUGACAGUUGUGAGUAAAGAGGGAAAACCUAGGACCAUAAUUGUAAAUUGGCAACCUCCCUCAGAAGCCAAUGGCAAAAUUACAGGUUACAUCAUAUAUUAUAGUACGGAUGUGAAUGCGGAGAUACACGACUGGGUUAUUGAGCCUGUUGUGGGAAACAGGCUGACUCACCAGAUACAAGAGUUAACACUUGAUACACCGUACUACUUCAAAAUCCAAGCCCGAAACUCAAAGGGCAUGGGGCCCAUGUCUGAAGCUGUCCAAUUCAGAACACCUAAAGCGGACUCCUCUGAUAAAAUGCCUAAUGAUCAAGCCUCAGGGUCUGCAGGAAAAGGAAGCCGGCUGCCAGACCUAGGAUCCGACUACAAACCUCCAAUGAGUGGUAGUAACAGCCCACAUGGAAGCCCCACCUCUCCCCUGGACAGUAGCAUGCUGCUGGUCAUCAUUGUUUCGGUUGGCAUUGUCACCAUUGUGGUGGUUGUGGUCAUUGCUGUCUUUUGCACCAGGCGCACCACCUCUCACCAGAAAAAGAAACGAGCUGCUUGCAAAUCAGUGAAUGGCUCCCACAAGUACAAAGGGAACUCCAAAGAUGUCAAACCCCCGGACCUCUGGAUCCAUCAUGAGAGACUGGAGCUGAAACCCAUCGAUAAAUCUCCAGACCCAAACCCCAUCAUGACUGAUACUCCAAUUCCUCGUAACUCUCAAGAUAUCACACCAGUUGACAAUUCCAUGGACAGCAACAUCCAUCAAAGGCGGAAUUCAUAUAGAGGGCAUGAAUCAGAGGACAGCAUGUCUACACUGGCUGGAAGGCGGGGAAUGAGACCAAAAAUGAUGAUGCCCUUUGACUCCCAGCCACCCCAGCCUGUGAUUAGUGCCCAUCCCAUCCAUCCCCUCGAUAACCCUCACCAUCAUUUCCACUCCAGCAGCCUCGCUUCUCCAGCUCGCAGUCAUCUCUACCACCCGGGCAGCCCGUGGCCCGUUGGCACAUCCCUGUCCCUUUCAGACAGGGCCAAUUCCACAGAAUCCGUUCGAAAUACCCCCAGCACUGACACCAUGCCAGCCUCCUCGUCUCAAACAUGCUGUACUGAUCACCAGGAUCCUGAAGGUGCUACCAGUUCCUCUUACUUGGCCAGCUCCCAAGAGGAAGAUUCAGGCCAGAGUCUUCCUACAGCCCACGUGCGCCCUUCCCACCCAUUGAAGAGCUUUGCUGUGCCGGCAGUCCCGCCCCCAGGCCCUCCCACCUAUGACCCCGCGCUGCCAAGCACACCAUUACUCUCCCAGCAAGCUCUGAACCAUCACAUUCACUCGGUGAAGACGGCCUCCAUUGGGACUUUGGGAAGGAGCCGGCCUCCUAUGCCAGUAGUGGUGCCCAGUGCCCCUGACGUGCAGGAGACCACAAGGAUGCUGGAAGACUCUGAGAGUAGCUAUGAACCAGAUGAGCUGACCAAAGAGAUGGCCCACCUGGAAGGACUAAUGAAGGACCUAAACGCCAUCACGACAGCAUGAGACCUUCCCCAGGACCUGACUGCAGACCUGGGUCUAGAAGUCUUGGGACAGAGCCUGGAAAGUGAGGAUUGUAGAGAGCACGCGAGGGCAGCACCUGAGAGCGCGGAGCGAGCGAGCCGCCCGGCCGGCGGCCUGCAUGGGCCCGGCUCCAGGCACGGCCCCCCGCCUUCUGCUCGCUGGCCUGGAAGAAGCCCGUGUCAGGGCGGCUUCCCUUUGCCUGCUGAUACCCUGCAGGACUGGGCACCAUGGGCCAAAAUUUUGUGUCUGGGGAAGAAGCAAGAAGUGCACCCUACAUUUCACUUUGUGGCCAGGCUGUGUCUUCGUGCUGCAACUGCAUCGCCUUUAUGGAGUGUAGACAUUGGCAUUUACGUACAGUUUUAUUUGUGUCCUAUUUUAUUUUACCUUCGAAAGAAAAACACUAUCAAAAACCAAGGGAGUCCAUGGUGUUCUCCACAAGUGGUUGACAUUUGACUACUUGUUUGAAUUCUGUAUGGAAAGUCAUUGACAGUGUGGGUUGUCCCAGGGGUUGGCUUGUUUUUAGUUUUUAUUUUUGAAUUCUGAGUCAUUGCAUCCUCUACCAGCUGUUAAUCCAUCACUUUGAGGGGGGAGGAAAUGUUGCAUUGCUGUUUGUAAGCUUUUUUAUUAUUUUUUUAUUAUAAUUAUUAAAGGCCUGACUUUCUCCUCUCAUCACUGUGAGAUCACAGAUCUAUUUGAAUGAAAUGUAACAUUGAAAA